AUGGCUAAAAUAAAAGGAGCCAAGACCCCAUCUCCAUCAGCCCGCACCAAAGCACUGAGAGUCUCACCUGUGCAAGACUCCAUGACUGAGCCUUCACAGCCGCCUGCAGUUCCACCUUCAGUAGAGGGAGUGCCUCCGAGUCCUCUUUUGAGACGAUAUGAGACUAGGAGACCACCCACUACACCAGGGGCAAGCUCCUCUAGUCCCAAAAAGUCAACUAGUCGCCCUCCUAAGAAGAAAGCCAAGGUAUCAGCUCUAGUAGAGCCAUCCGAGCCUUCAUCAGAGCCUCAGCUGCCUACUACAGAUUCUCAGAUUCCUUCUGGGAUGACUCCUGAGGUGAUUAUUAGGUGGCCUAUGGUCACUCAGCCACCCAUAGAGGGCAAUUUGGAUUGUCGGGCUAGGCCAUUCCACUCCGAGCUUUGUUUUGAUAGAGAGACCUUUAGGCUUUAG